CACAUGGCCAACUGUUUUAAUACUUGUUGCUCAACAAAGAGCUGAAAAUUCACAAUGAUUUCCCAUCUCUGUAUCACAGUUGCAACCUACUGACAACACUCAGUGGUCACUUCUACCCGAGAACAUCCUGUUUGAAACCUCACAAUGGACAGCUGUGAUAGACUCCAGCACACCUCCGACCCUAGAGAAAAAAAACAACAUUGGCGGCACGGCGGUCUAGUGGUUAGCGCGCAGACCUCACAGCUAGGAGGACCAGGGUUCGAUUCCACCUUCGGCCAUCUCUGUGUGGAGUUUGCAUGGUCUCCCCGUGCAUGCGUCACUCAUACGCUCUUGUAGCUGGAAGACAAAAAAAUGAAGUGACUUCAUAUGUUACUUCAAUGAAUAAAAGUCCUGCAUAUGUACAGACUUUUUCCAGGUUCUGCAAAGACAAACUGGCAGUUGAGGGCAGCGUUGCUUUCCUUUAGUGACAUCUGAUUCUGCAGUGAAGAAAAAUAACAUAUUAACAGGAGCAGCCAAGAACCACAUUGUGAGGAUUUCAUUGUGCUUUCACCUCCUCCAGCUGCUUCUCAUAAGCCUGCCAAUAAAGGCGGCGCUCUUCUCGGAAAGCUGCUUUUGGAGACGGAUCACAUCCAGGUUCUCUCUGAUGUUUGCUCUGACGGCAACAUCAGCAACUGUGACUCAGCUGUUUUAAUCAACGACUCCGCAUGUUCUCACCUGUGCCUUUCAACUUGUUGUUUCUUCAUCUCUCUCAGGGUUCCCUCCAUCUCUCGCUCUUUAUUUUGGAGUGUGUCUCUGAGGCUCUGGGUGGUCAGCUGGAGCUCCAUCAACCUCAACUGUUCGCUCACACAGCUGGAUGGAGGAGAGGUCCAGAAUGUGCUGCUUUGCCUGGCUGAGUUUGUUCUGCAGGAUGACUUUCUGGCUCUCCAGCGUGGCCACACGGGUUUCCAGCUCCUGCAAAGUGUCCUCCGUGUCCCUCUCUUUGCCGCUGGCUGACCCGGGCCGGGCUUGACGGUGAUGCAUCAGUCUGGUGGACAUCCUUUGUGGAGAAAGAAAUGAAGGCAAAGGUCCUCCAGUUGCUCCCUGGGGAAACGAAAGAGCCGCUGAGGAUCUAAGAAAGAAGGACAAGAGCAGCAGAGUGAAGUCCGGCGGCGGUGAGAGCAGCAGAGUGAAGAGGAGGAUGAGUGAAGAGGAGGAGGAGGAGGUGGUGAGCAGAGGAAGAAGCAUGAAGCGUUCAGCCUCAAAUUAGCCUCAAAGACGGCGGGGAGAGCAUCGCGGCUUCCCUGGUUUGGUUUCGCGGCCGACUGGACGCUGGAAGGGAGGCAGGAUGGAGAAGCACUUUCUUUGUGGGGUGGUGGAAGGUUUUUAUGGGAGACCAUGGUCAAUGGACCAGAGGAAAGUUCUCUUCCAGUGGAUGCAGAACUGGGGUUUAAACACCUACCUGUACGGCCCAAAAGAUGACCUAAAACACAGGCUGCUGUGGAGAGAAGUCUAUUCGCCCGAGGAGGAAGGUCAGUUGCGUACUCUCAUUGCGGAGGCCCAGUCCAGAGGCCUCGGGUUCGUUUACGCUCUCUCUCCCGGUCAGGAUAUUGUCUUCUCAUCCCCGUGUGACCUGACGCUUCUUAAACGCAAGCUGAGACAAGUGUCUGAUCUUGGGUGUCGGGCGUUUGCCAUCUUGUUUGAUGACAUUGAUCACUCGUUGUGUCAGGCCGACAGCGAGGCAUUCUCUUCCUUCGCACACGCUCAGGUCACGGUAACCAAUGAGAUUUAUCGCUUCUUGGGCGAGCCACCGGUCUUCCUUUUCUGCCCGACAGAGUACUGCGCUUCUCUGUGUUCCCCCAGCGUGCAGAAGUCUCCUUAUCUGCAGACUAUUGGCGAGGACCUGCUUCCCAACAUCACAGUCAUAUGGACAGGAAGUAAGGUCAUCUCCAAGAAACUGUCAGUGAACGGCCUGGCAGAGGUGGAGUCCAUACUCCAGCGUCCGCCGCUCAUCUGGGACAACUUGCACGCCAACGACUACGACUCCAGACGCCUCUUCCUGGGACCUUUUAAGGGACGUGAGCCACGGCUCAGGGGGGGUCUGAGGGGCCUCCUCCUCAAUCCCAACUGUGAGUUUGAGGCCAACUACAUCCCUCUGCACACGCUGGCAAGCUGGUACAGAGCUGGGAGUGAGGACAGGAAAGAUGAAGAGCCAGAUUAUUGUCCUGACAGAGCUUUGUCUGCUGCGCUCCAUGACUGGAUGGAAGAACUCAACCAGCCCCUACAAGCAGGUAGGCAGAAUGCACGAACAGAUCAACGCUGUUCUGUUGCGGCGUCUCGGUGCAAACCCCCGGACAGAUCUGACUGCACCUCCACCUUCAGAGGGACCUCCGUGGUGGCUAAACUCCCCGUCUUCCCCCUCAAUUCAAGUUCGCCACCCCCGUCACCUACCAAAGCCAAAGGGGAGAAGGAGGGUCAUGAGUGGGAGAACUCAGGCCAAACCAGACAUGGAGCACCUUCAGGGGGAAGCCGUGGUGGACAUAAAGCCCGGGGUCGUGGGCUCUGUGGUGGGAAGGGCCAACUGAGUGAGUCCCAGGUGCGGCUCCUGGUUGGUCUCCAUUAUCUUCCUCAUGAGCAUGGCCCAUCAGCGCAGAAACUUCUUCAGGAUCUCACCUGGCUGAAAACCAACUGCCACCUCGUCAGCGCUAGCAGCAAAAAGAAUUUACCACAGAAGGUGGACGAAUGGCGAGGCAGGGCCUCUGGGUUUCUGUCUCUGUGUGAAGACAUAGCGCAACUGCACUGUAGUGUGGUGGGCGGGGCCAACAGGGCGGUACUGUAUGACCUUUAUCCGUACGUAUGGGACCUAAGGAACAUGGCGCUUGUGGCUAAGGCGUUUGUGUGCUGGCUGGAUGGUCGAGUGUUGAAUGACAGCGCCACCAUGGCCUCCUGGAGGAACUGCUUCCAUUGGUGCGGGAAGGCGUCAGGAGGGAAUGUUCCGGGAGAGGAGGCGGAGCCAUGGGCAUUUAAAGGGGGCGUGUCUGGGGAAGUGCAGAUGCUUCUCCCAGUAGGCAGCAGCAGUGAGCUCUUCACGCACCCUCCUCCUCUCUUCCCCACCUCGCGUCUCUACAACAUCCGGCCCUACCACAGCAAAGACAAGGUGGAGUUGUAUCGGAUGGUGCGUCAGCUUCACCUGAGGUCCCAGUGUGCCCCAGACUCCAGUGCUUCCCAUCCAGAUGUGGUAGGAGACAGAUGUUUGGGACCCUGCCUGGCUUUGUGCCCCGAGUACAGCUUCAUCCUGGAGGAUGAGCUGGGUGUGUGCGGUUGCAUUUUGGGCAUCUUGGAUGUGCGCUCUUUCGCCAAGCGCUGUCAGGCCAGCUGGUUGCCCGCCAUGAGGGACAAGUAUCCACCUAAAGGGGGGCACUCCAACACACAGGACUUGAUCAAGUUGAUGGAGGAGGACCAGGGAGAGUACCCAGACUCGCUCGUCUAUCAUUUCCCCUCUCAGCUGCGUUUGGACGCACUGCCCGAGCUGGUUGACGUCAGUGUCAGCCGCACUCUCCUCGCCGCCCUCCUGACAGCCCUCAAAGCCAACGGUUCGCAGGGUGUGUUCUGUGAGGUGCAGCCGACGGAUCGCCAGAGGUUGGAGUUCUUGACAAAACUGGGCUUCCUAGAGAUCCUCAGAGGGGAAGCCAGGAGCAGGGAAGGGGUGGUGAUGGGGAGGUUGCUCUGAGCGCACAUCGGCACCCUCGCACUCACAUGCACACAUUAAAAACAUGCACAGCAACAUGUAAAGACAUUUGCACGCAUGCAGUACAGUAGAUACACCCAGAUACUAACAGUACGUGUAAAGGAAACAGUAACUUACCUGAGUAAACAGUAACAAAACUGAGAACUGAGAAUGUGUCCCUCAAGGGGAGACUGUGAAAAUAAUAAUAAUAAUCAAAUGGGACCAUAGUGUUCACACCAAUCUGGACUUGAAUUCAAACUAUACAAUAGAUCUCUGUCUAUUUGACGUUUAGUAUUUGCGACCCUGCAUAUUUGUUGAUUUGAAAUUGUUUCUUAAUGUUUAUACUGUCAUCGUUUCAUAUUUAAAUUUGUCUGAUCUGAAACAUUUUUGUGUGACAAACAAAAAUGUAAAAAUCAGAAAGGGAGCAAACUUUUUCACACCACUGUAUCCGGUUUAAGGUGUCCAUUCUGACAAUCUGACCUUGAUUUCUCCUCACCCCACAGCAAUAGGAUGUCGUUUGCUAGCUCUUGGAAGUGUAUACUUAGUUUAGAUGAAUGUUUACAUGCAUGAAGAACUAAACGUCGUGUGGCUAUUCAUGGGAAAAGAAAAUCCAAAAAUCACUUAAGGCUGUUAGAGCCAUCAUGGUUAAGUCACACACUACAAAUGCUUGUGCAUGUACAUUAAAACGUACACAUAACUACAUUUGCAUUAGGUUUAAUUCAUUAAACCUUCAUUUGACAUCAUUCAAUCACCGGUGAUAAGGAGAUACCAUUCUGCCUUUCAUCGGAAUAAGUUCCCAAAUAGGCAAACGAACCAACACAUUACACACACACACACACAAAUACACAAGAAGCACAACAGCUUGCACACUUCACCCAUGAACUGAAAGUACACACUAAGAAUGUUCAUUUCUUGUAACACAUGCAAGAGAAAAAGCAGUUUUGUAUUUAUACCUUGCUUUCGCUUCUUUUCUACAAUUAUGCUCAAUCAAUCAAUCAACCAAUCAAUUCCACACUAAAAGGCACUUUUGUAUGGUUCUUACAACCAAACUCAUCACAUAUCAGCACUGUCUGUGAUAAAGGAAAAAAAAUGUAGACUAACUACAAAAAUUGGAAUUGCUAAUAAUAUGGCUACAUGGGGAAUAAUGGUGGUCAGUAUAUUGACAAAUAAUGAAGGCAACUUGGACCACUGUGAAAAAAAUAAUAGUUAACAGUGUCUGUGUUUCUCACUGAGUUUACACGCAUGCAGUGAAAAAUGUCAUUUCAACAAUAUUUUCACUGACUGACCUAAUAAAAUGUAACCAGAAUCACCUCGCUUUGUCCUUGAUCCUAUAUUAUUAAUAAUGUAUGUGUAUGAUUGCAUUUUUC